GGAGCGUGAGUGCACCCUGGUUAUCUGAUGAAUUUUAUCGCUCGAUCAGAUAAUCGCGCUCUCCCCCCCCCUAAACUUACUUUGUCCUGCGUCCUCCCAUCGCAAGCCCCUCAACCGGCCUUGCACUCCUCCUUCUCCCUUGAGGCCUCAAUUGAGCAGAAAGACGCGUCCCAAAAUGCCAGACGUCUUCUCCGUCCCCAUUUUCCUGGUGACCUUCCGCGAAGCGCUCGAGACGGUCAUCAUCGUCUCGGUGCUGCUCGCCUUUCUCAAGCAGACCCUCGACGAUGACAAGGUGCUGCACAAGCGGCUGGUGCGCCAGGUCUGGCUCGGCACCUUCCUCGGCCUGCUGAUCUGCCUGAUCAUCGCGGCGGCGCUGAUCGCCGUCUUCUACACCGCGGGCGUCAACAAGUGGGACACGUCCGAGCUGCGCUUCGAGGGCGCCUUCGCGCUCGUCGCCAGCCUCAUCAUCAGCGUCGUCGGCGCCGCCCUGCUGCGCAUCGGCCGCAUGCAGGACAAGUGGCGCGCCAAGCUGGCCGCCGUCAUGGACCGCCACCCGGCCGCCGGCGAGACCAAGGGCGGCCGCGUCAAGCGGUGGAUGGAGCGCUACGCCAUGUUCGCCCUGCCCUUCGUGACCGUGCUGCGCGAGGGCAUCGAGGCCGUCGUCUUCAUCGCCGGCGUGACCUUCACCGCGCCCGCGACCGCCGUGCCGCUGGCCGUGGUCGUCGGCCUCGCCGCUGGGGUGGCGGUCGGAUAUGUCUUGUACAAGGGCGGUUCGUCGACCAAGAUGCAGAUCUUCCUUGUCAUCUCCACCUGCCUGCUCUACCUUGUCGCCGCCGGGCUCUUCUCGCGCGCCGUGUGGAGCUUCGAGCAGGACGAAUGGCAGCAGCUGGUCGGCAGCGACGUCGCCGAGCUGGGCGAGGGCCCUGGGUCGUAUGACAUUGACAGAUCUGUGUGGCAUGUCAACUGCUGCAACCCGAACUACAACGGCGGCAGCGGCUGGGGCUUCUUCAACGCCAUCUUCGGGUGGACCAACUCGGCGACCUACGGCUCGGUUCUCUCGUACAACCUGUACUGGCUGUGCGUGAUGGCUGCCUUCUUCCUCAUGAGAUACCGCGAGGUGAAGGGCCACUGGCCGUUGAUGAAGCGGAAGGAUGCGCCACUGUCGCCGGCAGAUUCGGAAGCGGAGGACCAGGGCAGUGGAAAGUAUGGGAGGCAGGAGAGCAAGACGAGUCCCACGGAUGAGGUGACGCAGGUCGGGGCGUAGAGCCAUGGACAUCUUGCGGGAGGGUGGCGGCACAUAUCCCAACUGGACUCGGUUCGUGACGAUAUUUUAAUAUACGGCGAUUGCGUUCAGAGUGACCACGGCUACCCAUGCUGAGCACGAUGAUGUCGGUCGACCAGGGGGUUCCAACGGUCUGGUGUUGACGCACCGUCGAGUCGCGCGUGGUAGGCAUUGGA